AUGAAGAAGCUUUUCACUUUCUGGAGAAGGAAGGAUGAGCCCCACAGCCCCUCCUCACACCUGCCCAUAGGCCGGGCCAGCACUCAUCACCCCACCCAGCCAGGCUACAACCUUCGAGAUAAGGAUUUAAAGAAACUUCACAAAGCUGCCUCAGUCGGGGAUUUGAAGAAGGUGAAGGAGUACCUUCAGCUCAAGAAACAUGAUGUGAAUAUACGGGACAGAGAAUACAGAACACCUUUGCACCUGGCCUGUGCUAAUGGAUAUUCAAAUAUUGUAUCUCUCUUAAUUGAGAAGCAGUGCAAAAUAAAUGUCUGCGAUAAUGAAAACCGGUCUCCAUUGACUAAGGCUGUACAGUGUGCUAAGGAGGAUUGUGCUACUCUUCUUCUAGGCCAUGGCGCAGACCCAAAUCUGGCGGAUUUAGAUGGCAAUACUGCUCUCCAUUAUGCCGUCUGUGGCCAAAGUGUCUCAUUAGUUGAAAAAUUGCUUGAACACAAAGCUAAUCUUGAACAUCAAAAUAAGGAUGGGUAUACUCCACUGUUACUUGCCAUUACUGAAAAUAAUGCAAAAAUGGUAGAAUAUCUUCUGAAGAGAGGGGCAGAUGUGAAUGCUUCAGAUAAGAAUCAAAGAACAGCCCUUAUGAUUGCUCUAAGUGAUGAACCAACAAAUUUAGUCAGUCUUCUUCUUCAGCAAGAAGUGGACCUAUCUCGCCAAGAUAUUACGGAUUCACAGCUGAGGAAUAUGCUUCUUUCAAUGGUUUUACUGUGUAAAUAUCAUCAAUUAAUUGCCAGUUAUGGAAAGGAGAAGAAAGUUGAACAGAUGUCUAACUCUGAAGAUACAGCCUUGGGCACUACAUUUGAUAGAGAAGAACUGAAGGAAGCCCCAGGUCGGCAGGACCCUGGUAUUGUGCCAGACACCUUGUCCAUAGGCUCUACUGCCCACCCGAACGCCACUCCUCCCCCACCCCCCACCCCCGUCCCAACCACUCUGCUAUCACCGGGUCUAGCAAAGGACACAGCAGCCCCCGGACUUUUCCUAAACCAGAGAAGGGGGCCGGACCAGCGCCUGUGCACUGGGUCCCUGCAGCUAGAACAUGUGCACCCGCCCAGAGCUACUGCCUCGUAG